AUGUCUUUCUUCAAGAGCAAUGUUGAUGCCCUGACCUCACCAAUUUAUGAUAGGUCACUCUGGGUAGGCAAGGCCAUUUUCGGCAUUGUUAUCAUGGUGUACGGCUAUCGCUGGAUUCGCUACCGAUCACAAAUCGUAGCUUCUCAGCCUGGCGAUAAAGCUACACGACAGCUUAUGCAAAUUCUUGCGCACAAUAGCGUAAUUCACCUAGCAAGUUUCAUGUUUUAUUGCUUCAUCAUCCCACUCAAUCUUGCCACUGUCAGCAAGCCCAAGGUUCGACAUUGGGAUAAUCUAUACAUUACUCUGGUUACCAAAGGCACGAACAGAGAGACUGUCAAACGCUCAGCUGCUACUAUGCGCCAUAUCCAAAGCCUCAGCUCGCGCAUUACCUUCAUAGUCCUUACCGACGAAGGCUCCUCGGUCGCAUCUCUCGAACUUGGUGUCAAAAUUGUUGUUGUACCUAAGUCUUUCUCCCCUCCUACAGCCAAGUACAAGGCUCGCGCAUUGGAAUACUUCCGCAUCAAUCAACAAUUAACGGAUACGGACUGGGUCUUGCACCUUGACGAAGAAACAGCUCAUAUGAAUGGGGACAAGGAAUUAUCUUAUACAACACUAUAAACUACUGGAACAACUCGGCGCUUACGUUUUCAGAGAUUAUUCGGUUUCGUGACGAUUUAGGUCGAUUUGCGUUCCAGCACGGACAUAUCCAUGUGCCUUUGUGGGGAUGCCAUGGCUCUUUCCUACUUACUAGCGGGAGAGUAGAGAAUGCAGUUAGUUGGGACACAGAUUGUCUCGCAGAAGAUUUCUGGUUUGCUAAUCGGGCGUGGUGGGACUAUGGAAUGGGGGGAGGUUUCAUACCAAGCGUCGCACGAGAGCAGAGUAACUGGUCAUAUAUGGACCUCUUAAAGCAGAGGAGAAGGUGGUUUUGUGGUAUGGUCAAGAUAGGGUUUUUUGGGAAAGCGAAUGCUUUUCUUUGGCUUUUAGCAACUUUAGAAUCUGUUAUCUUUAUCAUGACGCCAUUCGGACUGGUAGAUGCAGAUAGGUGGGUAUAUGUUUGGUUGGACGCUUAUAACGGUAACACGAUCUUUACUCUGAUGAUCUCAACAUUCCUUUCAGACCUAGAUGCUAGGGUAGGGAAGUCUAGGAUGGUCUGGAACCAAUUGUUAAACAUUUGGUACUCUUGGUUGGGCGGUAUAUUGCAGACUGUUGCACUUCUCUAUGCAGUUUUUAGGCCUGCUAAGCACUCUGAUGGUUUCCAAGUAGUUAAGAAACAGUAAUCUCACAGUCA